GGCUCUGACGUUUUUCACAUUUCCGGUUAAAAUCAAUGUCGCACAUUCGCAAUAACCCCAAAAUUCUGUUUUAAAAUGCACCAUUCGCAGCCUCCCACAUCCCAUCCUGGCGGGGGACCAAUUCGCCAGACAAACAGACACGAAGAUCUAGAUUUUCCUUUUUGUCCAGAUUCUGGAAAAUAUGAGAAACUGGCUAAAAUUGGUCAGGGAACCUUUGGGGAGGUGUUCAAAGCCAGGGACAGAAAAACGAAGCAAGUGGUCGCUAUGAAGAAAGUCUUGAUGGAGAAUGAAAAAGAAGGGUUCCCAAUCACAGCCCUAAGGGAAAUCAAAAUCCUGCAACAACUUAAGCAUGAAAAUGUUGUCAACUUGAUAGAGAUCUGCAGAACAAAAGCAACCCCCUACAACCGAUACAAAAGCACCUUCUACCUGAUCUUCGAAUUUUGUGAGCAUGAUCUGGCUGGACUCUUGAGUAAUGCUAAUGUCAUGUUCUCCCUCGGCGAGAUAAAAAAAGUCAUGCAACAACUGCUGAACGGACUGUAUUACAUUCACAGUAACAAAAUCCUCCACAGAGACAUGAAAGCCGCAAAUAUUUUAAUAACAAAGAUGGGAAUUCUCAAGUUGGCGGACUUUGGACUAGCUCGAGCAUUGAGUCAUAUUUCAAAGUAUACAAACAGGGUUGUCACAUUGUGGUAUAGACCUCCAGAGUUGUUACUUGGUGAGAGGAAUUAUGGCCCUCCAAUUGACAUUUGGGGUGCAGGAUGUAUUAUGGCAGAAAUGUGGACAAGAUCGCCCAUUAUGCAAGGGAAAACGGAACAACAUCAGUUACAGUUGAUUAGUCAGCUGUGCGGCUCAAUUAAGCCCGAAGUUUGGCCUGGGUGUGAUAAACUUGAAAUGUAUAACAAGCUGGAAGUUCCUGAUGGACAGAAGAGGAAGGUCAAGGAAAGGUUAAAGCCUUAUGUGAAAGACCAAUAUGCCCUUGACCUUUUGGACAAGUUGCUAUGCCUUGACCCCUCAAAAAGAAUUGACUCAGACUCAGCGUUAGAUAGCGCAUUCUUCUGGGAGGAUCCCCCACCGCAGGAUGUUAGCAGAAUGCUUGCCCAGCACUCUACAUCAAUGUUUGAGUACCUGGCUCCACCCCGUCGGCCCCAGGGGGCAGGACGACCUCAGAUGCCUAUUCAGGUCCGCCCUAAUCAGAACAUGGACCAGCACUUUGAACGAGUGUUCUGAAGAACUCGAAUUUGCCAAGUAUUUGUGUAUAAUUAUGUUUUGAUUUUGUGAGAGUAAAAUAAAUAAUUUAAGUUCAUAAAACAGUACUGAUCUAUGUUAAUAAGUGUGAAUGCCAUUGCUAGCUAUUCUUGUUAAAAGUACAUGUUUUAUUGGAAAUACCUCAAAGUAAAUUUACGUUGCAUGGUCACACUGUUUCCACAUUAUUUUCCAUCAUUUUUAGGAGUAAGGCUGUUUUGAACUAUCUGAAUCAGUGUAUCAAAAGGCUUGAUAACAGAUGGCAAACACCACAAGUUUGUAUAUUUAUAAGUUGCAGAUGAAAUUAAAGGUUGUUAGCAAU